AUAUAACAUCAUUUGAAUGAAUGUUUCUCAUACAGGAAAAGUACCUCCACGAAAGAAUAAAAGUUUCCGGAAAGACGAACAAUUUUGGCAACAAUGUUAGUUUAGAAAGGGACAAGAUGAAGCUCUCCGUCAACAGUGACACUGACUUUUCUAAGCGGUAUCUCAAGUAUUUGACAAAGAAAUACUUGAAGAAGAAUAAAUUACGUGACUGGUUACGCGUAGUAUCUAAAGAUAAGGAGACCUAUGAGCUGAGGUACUUCCAGAUCAACAGCCAGGAAGAUGACGACGAGGAAGAUGCCGAGUAAAGUUUGUUCUUAUUUUUACAGAAUUAUCUGUACAUAUUUCCAUAAAUAAAUGAUUGAAUCAAAUAAUUA